CUGUCAACGGGCAGGACGUCGCGCGCGCGCCGCUCGCACAGGCCGUCCAAGCCAUCAAGAGCGCGCCAAAAGGUGAGACCUGUGUGCGCGUGCAGCGUGUUCGUGUGUGUGGGUCACACCGCCUGGCGGCCGGCGCCCGGCGACCGCCUCGUCUCUGUCAACGGGCAGGACGUCGCGCGCGCGCCGCUCGCACAGGCCGUCCAAGCCAUCAAGAGCGCGCCAAAAGGGACAGUGACGAUUGGAGUGGCGAAACCAUUGCCUUGCAGUACUGUUGUGGGUGGUGAAAAGGCAAACGGUCACAGCAUGCACAGCAGUCAGGAAUGCGUGAACUCCGUUGCUUCAGACGAUCACACUGGCAUGGAUUCUUUUCACGAGUGCCUUCAAGAAUAUGGAGAAGGAAUUGAAGUUAUUCAAAUUUGUUUAGAGCCAGAGGAGUCAUCAAUCAAAGACGACGAACUAUCCGCAUUAUGUGACAUCAGCUUCGAUGAUUGUUAUAAGAAAGCAAACAAAUUAGACGAUUUUAUUAAGAAAGACAAACCGCAUACAGAACAAUAUAAUGGUACAACGGAGUAUAAGUCUUCCAAAUCCGAAGAAUCCUUGGAUGACCAAGACGACGAUAUGACAAUAACCGAGGACGAUGUCUUAGUUUCACCGAGAGAAUUAAAUAUAAGAAGUAAAUCUGCAGACAGAAAAGAGACAUGUGGAAGCAGAAGUCUUUCUAAACAAAAUAGUAAGGACUUAUCUACCUCCGAUGAAAUGGUUUUCGCUGUAACACCUACAGGCUUAGAAAGAAUAAGUUAUGAAAAGUAUUGGAAAGAGAGCGAUGUAGCGGAUGCUAAGGAAGAAACGUUACAAAAGGUAAAAAGUGAUGAAAGCUGGAAAGAGUGCUUGAAUUCGCCUACGGAUGAAACGAGUAGCUUUUAUGAUGCAACCACAAGAAUAUCCGUCCAAGAACAAAAUAAUACAUUAUUGUACAUAGAUCAUGAAAUAGACGGCUAUGAAACGUGUCUCGACGACGACUCAUCAUCCUUGAAGUGUACAGAAAAAAACGGCUAUAAAAUCAACGGAGAUCGGGAGAUCAAAGAGUUGAGUAAACAAGAUAAAAUAGCUAAUAGAAACAAAGACAACGAUGCAUGUGCCAAAACAAACUACGCUCAGAGCAUUGCCAAUGACGAAGAUGAAUUAUCGUAUUACACGCGCCCUUACGUUCAAGAACAUAUUAUAAAACAAAUGAAAUCAUUGAGAAUAGAGCCACUUAAUGUUAAUAUUAGCAAUAAAAAAGUAAGAAAACGAAGUCCGACUAAACCGUCCAAAAAUGAACGCAGAUGCAUCGAAUACUACAACGAUCAAGACGAGUGCUUAAAAGAAAUACGCAAGAAAAAGCGAGAGGAGGAAGAGAAAAGGUACAAGGAAGAAUGUAAGAAAAUAUUUAAUAUAAAUUUAGCGACAAUGGAAAAGAAAAUAAUGAUGAAAAAGCAAGACCCGAGUGAAGAAUCAAUGGACUUAGAAAAUAAUUAUGUACCAGGGUGCCAUAAGUGUUUCUUAGAAAAUUAUGCGUAUGCUAUUACAAAGGCGUACUUCGCUGAAGCCAAUGCCUGCAAGUAUUGUGAGGUCAUCAGGAAGAUGCUUGAACCUCCAAAGAAAAUUCCAGAUAGGAGAAUGUCGGCACCCGCAAUAAUUAAUGUAGAGAGUACAGGAUCCGAAACAGAAGAAGACGAUUUAUUAGCUGUACCAGUGGUGAAGGGCAGGCGGAAAUCAGCUGGACCUUUGACUUCUUUAGUGCCUUCUAGAAGACCAAGUCACGUCGCCCACCCAAACAUGACAGUGACCGUCUCAUCUGACCGCCACAGUGUUGGUGCUCAACGCUGGGGUCCACCGCGCUCUGUCACGUUAAAGAGAAGCCCUGGAGCUCCACUAGGUGUGAGCAUUGUCGGUGGAAAGGUCGAUAUAAUACCAAAUCAAAACACUGCAAAUGGUGAUGACAAAGCAAUUUUCGGCAUCUUCAUCAAAAAUGUUGUCCCCAACAGCCCUGCUGGACUCUGUGGGCAAUUACAGACUGGAGACAGAAUCCUAGAAGUGGAUGGUGUUUGUGUUAGAACAGCGCAGCACGAGCGUGCCGUGCAGCUCAUUAAAGCUGCUGGUAACACUGUCACUCUCACCGUACAGAGCUUGGUAGCCUGGAACACCGAUUCGUCAGAUGUAGAAGCUUCACCGCCAGCUCCGCCACGAAAACCAUCACAUAAGAAAUAUCCGGCGCCAAAAGCGACUGAUCGAGCUCCCAAACAUGAUAUAAAGAUAACAGUGACAUCUGAAGCAGGCACAGAGAAAGAAGGUGAAAUAGAUGCAGAAAAAGAAACAAAAGAAAAAGGGUCUUCCGAAACAGAAGCUUCGAAACCAGUCUACUCAGAUUCUGAUAGCAGUGAUGAAGAGGACGAACGAGAAUUGGGCGGAAGAACGUACUCGGAGAAAGGAGUUGAAAUUGAUCGAGCUUCUGCCGGAGCAAUCAAACGGACUCGAGAAGAGAAAGAAGCGGAUCCAGAAGAAGAAGAUGACUUCGGUUACACUACAAAUAAAAUCCGAAAGAAGUAUGCAUCACUCGGAGACAGCGUCGUUGUGGUUAAAUUGGAGCGGACCCCGAAAGCCGGUCUCGGUCUCAGUCUGGCCGGGCAUCGAGACCGCAGCAAGAUGGCGGUGUUCGUGUGCGGUAUGCACCCGGCCGGAGCGGCCGCGAAGGCCACGCCAGCUGUUAAAGUCGGCGAUGAAAUCUUGGAGGUGAACGGCAUAGUGCUGCACGGCAGGUGUCACCUCAACGCAUCCGCUAUCAUCAAGGGCCUCGUGGGGCCUGUGUUCAAGAUCAUCCUGCUCAGACGAAAAUCAGCCUUGGAAGAUGUCGCUGUGAAACCACUACAACCGGCACAGUUUCCAGUCGCUUUAGAAGAAGAGUCGGAGGAUCGGUUUGCUGGAUACAAAGGCGUUCGCGACAUUACUAUCAAGAAGGGUCCGUCCGGUUUAGGCAUCAUGAUAAUAGAAGGUCGGCACCAGGAGGCCGGUCGUGGGAUAUUCGUGUCGGAUCUACAAGAGGGUAGCGCAGCGGAACAGGCUGGUCUGCAAAUUGGUGACAUGAUUUUAGCCGUCAACAGGGAUUCCUUAUUAAGCUGCAGUUAUGAUGCCGCGGCCGCCAAACUGAAACAGACAGAAGGCGUGGUCAUAUUAACAGUAUGCAGUCCGAAUAUGAAGGAUCCAGAUAAAGAAGACCCCUCAGGCACCUCAGGGAACCAAACUCCAGACGCACUAUCCGCUGGCGCUUCCCGACCGCAGACACCAAGGCCCUCGCCUGCAAAAGCGGAACCACCUCCCGAUCCAGCGACAGCUCAGGUAGUGCCCAACCAAGAGAUGGUGAUCGAGAUCAACUCGGCGAAUGAGAAUCUCGGAGUUAUCCUUUUGGGCGGAAGUGAUACCUUGAUCAACGGGGCAGCGGCGGUUAUAUUAGACAUUUAUAAGAACGGAGCUAUAGACAAAGAUGGCCGGCUUAAAGUUGGCGAUCAGAUUCGUGAGUGCAACGGUAUAGCAAUCACCAACAAAAUGGCGCAUGAGAGAAUUUGCUUGAGCAUAAAACUGCGUGCUGCGAAGUUAAAGCUGACAGUGUUCCGCCCCGAGCCGAUCCAGUACGAUGAAGUGGAAGUGGAGUUGUCCAGGAAAAGUGGUCGCGCCUUGGGCCUGGCGUGUGUGGCGCCCGUACAGGGUAGCGGCGUGUACAUCGGCGAGCUGCUUCCCGGAUCCCCGGCGGAAGUUGACGGUAGACUCCAAAAGGGAGAUUUCUUGGUAGCAGUCGAUGGCAAAGACGUAUCCAGUGCGGAUUACUUAGGAGCCGCAACUGCACUGAAGCUCUGCGGGAACAAAAUCAAAAUCAAAGUGAAAAGGUUCAAAAUUAUUAGCAAAUAA